CGAGAGUAUUGCACGAAGCACAGCGCGGGGCAGUGAGCCAGUUGUGGUGACCAAGUGGGUGUUCGUGUUCGGCCUGAUGUCAUGAGGCGGAACGGGAGGCUCGGAUGUGAACGGCGUCUACGCGGCUGAGACGCCAAAUAACAAUCACAGAACCAUUUUGCCGCUCGCCCACUUUUCGGACCUUUAACGGCGCGUCGUGGACUUCAACUCGCCUGUGUCGCUUUCCCUCCUUUCUUUCCUCCACCAGCACCACCAGCGGUCCAUGGAAGAAGCACAAGGAGCGGGGAGGAGUGAGGCUGCUCGGCUAACAAACUGAGGGAGAACCAGAGUGCAGCGACGGUGAUGGGCUCUCGUUUUCCUUGGUGACGGCAGAAAAAAAACAAGAAGAAACCUCCACUGCUCGGCUUCUUGCGGCUUCGGUGUAAAAUGCUAGCCCAGCCUUGGUCUCGGUUGUCGAGCAGCCUACGGGCCGCAGCUCGGCUCACCGAGCCCGAAACAGCGAAGUAGCUAGCCGCCUGCUAGCCACAUUCUUGCCCGAUGCUUCCGAACGUAUCCGAGGGGGGACAACACGAGCGCCAGCGAUUGUUCGACCAGCAGGGCCUUAGAGAUGUGAUGCUUCGGCGUGGCGGAGAAGGAAGCUAAAAUAUUCCUGCGAAACAUGAACAGUGGAAGCACAACAGCGGGGAUCCCGCUGAGGUGCUAGUCGGGGCGGGGGGCGAGGUUAGACUGCCAACAGCCGCCCCACCGUCUCCCUCUUCCCGGGGUCAGACUUGGACAAGGACCGUCACAUUCUCAACCCCACCCCACCCCCCCGCACACACACGCACGAAUCCCUGCCUCCUCCUCGCCCUUGUCAUUAACAGGCUCGUUGGAUGAAGGAGAAAAUAUGGAUAAGCUGACCAUCAUUUCAGGGUGCCUGUUUCUGGCGGCAGAUAUCUUUGCAAUAGCAAGCAUCGCCAACCCGGACUGGAUCAACACUGGCGAGUCGGCAGGCGCCCUCACAGUCGGUCUAGUCCGGCAAUGUCAGACCAUCCACGGACGGGACCGGACAUGCAUCCCCCCGCGGUUGCCUCCUGAGUGGGUCACCACGCUGUUCUUCAUCAUCAUGGGCAUCAUCUCCCUCACCGUCACCUGCGGACUCCUCAUAGCAUCGCACUGGCGCAGAGAGGCCACCAAGUACGCUCGCUGGAUCGCCUUCACUGGCAUGAUCCUGUUCUGCAUGGCGGCACUGAUCUUCCCCAUUGGCUUCUACAUCAACGAGGUGGGAGGCCAACCCUACAAGCUGCCCAACAACACGGUGGUGGGCUCUUCCUACGUGCUCUUUGUCCUCUCCAUCUUCUUCACCAUAGUCGGACUGCUGUUCGCCGGCAAGGUUUGCCUCCCGGGCUGAUGUGUGGACCUGCGCCCACCUCUGGACAAAGAAAAUAAUUUGUCGGGAUUUAUUGGACGUACAGCGCGACAAACUCUUGCCGAGGCUUUCCUGGACCUGUUCAAGUAAUAAACAACUCAAAGAUGAGCGUACAUCGAGCCGGCAAGAGCUCGGUGGAGGAGGCCGCCCCACCCCGGUUCAUUUCUUAUGGGGCGGUUCUACCGGGAAGGGUGCCUUUGUCAUGGCAACUGCAGGGGUAACGCCCGCACGCAGUCCCCGAGCCCUCGACUCCCCUGCGCCGCCCUCGGCAUACGCGAGCACCAUCGCCCAUCUUCCCGUGUUGCUAUCUUGGGGGCCUUGUAGCUAUUUUCAGUGUUUAUUUUUAUCCCAUUUUUGUUGUUGUACAUUUUUAUUGUGUUCACCUUUCCACAGAAGUAUUUUGAGGAGGAGUUGCUAGCUGUUGACCCGGGUCACCCACCGCUCGCCUGUAACGUGACCCCCCCCACACACACACUGCCCCAAGAAAAAGGGGUUCGGGUAGCGGAGGUGAGCGCACAUACCUGAGGUCACACACAUACUAACACACACACACACCGCAUAAGAGAAUGGCACCUUAGAUUGACUAGCCUCUUGCUUCUCCAACUUUAAAGCAAACGUACUGAACUUAAAUUCCCUUGAAAGUAAAACCAAAUCCAGUGGUGCCUUGAGAUACUAGUGACUUGACUUACAGGUUUGCUCUAUGAGCUGCCGUCAACCUCUUUGCUGGACUCAAGUGUUGGUGAAUUUUUUUGGAGGGCUCCGUUAUGAGAUUUUGGAGUUACGAGCAAGGUCGUGCAACAUGUCCAAACUCAUAUCUCAAGGCGCCAGUGGUACUUUUUUUUGUCAAAUGUGUGAUGUAUUUACAAACAAAUCUCUCCACCUAUCAGUUCUUUCACUGCAAAUGUAUCGAAAUGGAGACGUGAACUGUCAGGACGGCUAUUCGGAAAUGAACCGUGAAUUUACAUCCUCCUCGAUUUGUUAGCAUGCUUGUUUGCGCAAAGUGCAGCCACAAGGACGUGCAGAUAUGCGUGCUGCUUCGGAGCUGUUGAAAGCGACUUGCGCAGCUAAAUAUAGCACCCGCUAUUGACUCCUUUGGACAAAAAAAGCUGCACUGACACAAGGUGUGAAUUGGCUUUUGUCAAUGGUGACGAUCGGCGAAAUGCUCCGACACGGGAAGAGAGCUGACUGGCUUUAGCAUAUUUUUUUCCUCUUUUGAAUUGCCCGCCAAGCCGUAGGGACUGCAGGUCAGGUCCGGUCAUGGGGUUGGUGAUCAAUUUGGGCAACAUGACAUGGUUACACGCCCGGCCGGGGCGCUUUGUGUCUUGUAGCAGCAGGGUGACAAUUGGAGGGAAUUCAGUCGCAUGGCUCACGUCUUUGUCGCUGCACACGUUGACUUGCAAAGUGGAGGCCACCUUUUGAGAGUCAACGAUGACAAAUCUCCGUCACCAAGAGUUUUGUGUUGGUUGCCCUCAUCUCUUUAGCUGUUGCUUGACUAUUGUACCAUGCCCUAUUUUUGUUUGAUAAUGAUGUACAGACACCACGGGAGCAUUUUCUGUAUUAGGAACAACAUACGACGGUAGAGCACCACAAAAAAGAACUCCUUACCUCAUUGUAUUGUUUUCAAAUGCCGGCAAAGCCUGCCCUCUUCAUUUGUCGCUCGCCUUGAUCGGAUGUCGAAAGCCGAUGCUCACGGAAAUUUAUUUAUCACUGAAUAAAAAGCUUAAAGAAGCUGUGUGUGACUACUAGCAAA